GGCGGUACGUAAGCUGUGUGGCCACCAAAGGGUUCGAUGUUGCAAGCAAUUUCCCUGCACCCUUUUCCUCUUUAUUAAGAAGCCGUGACAUUUUUAAAAGUUAAACAUAAGCAAACUACUUUCACACAUUGUUCUGAAGAGAAGGUGGCUCCGUGGUUAGCGCUGCUGUCUCACAGCGCCAGGGACCCGGGUUCGAUCCUAACCUCAGGCUACUGUCUGUGUGGAGUUUGCAUAUUCUCCCCGUGUCUGUUUGGGUUGCUUCCAGGUGCUCGGGCUUCCUCCCACAGCCCAAAGAUGUACAGGAGGCUACGUGGUUGGCUAUGCUAAAUUGCCCGUAGUGUCCAGUAAUGGCAAAACCCAGACCAGUGGUAAUUAGUGGACCUUCUGGAGCAGGCAAGAGUACUCUGCUGAAGCUACUUUUUGAGGAAUACGAUCAAGUUUUUGGAUUCAGUGUCUCUCAUACAACAAGAAAUGCAAGGCCAGGUGAAGAGAAUGGUAAAGAUUACUAUUUUGUAUCGAGAGAGGAAAUGCUUCGUGGCAUCGAUUCAGGGGAAUUUAUAGAACAUGCUGAGUUCUCGGGAAAUAUGUAUGGUACAAGUAAAAAAGCUGUGCAGGAGGUACAAGCCAGAAACCAAAUCUGUAUUCUGGAUAUCGACAUGCAGGGUGUGAGAAAUAUCAAAAAGACCGACCUGUGCCCAAUUUACCUUUCCAUUCAACCACCGUCAUUUGAAAUUCUUGAGCAACGACUGAGACAGAGGAAAACUGAAACUGAGGAAAAUUUGCAAAAGAGGUUGGCAGCAGCCAAAAUGGACAUGGAACUCAGUAAAGAGCCUGGUAUAUUUGAUGAGGUACUAACUAACGAUGUAUUAGAAGAUACCUAUUCUCGAUUGAGAUCGGUUCUUAUUGAGGAAAUCCAAAAGGUGAGAUCCUUGCACAACUGAACUGUUCCAAACUCCAUCUCGAUCAAAAAUGUUAGCAGUAUGUUCCCAUAAUGUAUACUAAGUGGGAAAAUUAAAAACUUCCAAUCAAAGUAUUUAUGUAUGUAUUUAACAUCUUAGUGCGUGCUUUAUUUUUGUUCGUCUGCUGCUGUUGAACUGGCACCAUUUUUUGCCAGUGUCUAUUGUCCUCUGGAUGUUUUAUGAAUAAUGGAACACUUUUUUGAUAUAAACAAAACUGAGGCAUGUGCUCACUAAUAAUAAGCAACUUUCUUUCUGUAAUGCUUUGCGGAAACUACUUGUGCAAUUUUUAUAGCUUGUGUUUUUAAAAGUGUAUAUACAAGAAAGCAUUAUACUAUUGACAGAAUAGAGACUCUCAACACAGGUUGCUAGUACUGUUGAAUCAGUAAUGUAUGUAAUUGUGGACGAGUAAACAUAUGGUAACUGUAUCGAUGUAGGAAGAGAGAUGUCAGUUUUUAUUUUGAGUUCCCCCUAUCAAGCAAAAUUAGAUGUGUUUACAAUUGUCUUUGGGAUUAAAUAAAACUAAUGAGGAAAAAAUGAAA